UCUCCCCUACCCAUCUUCACCAUCAUCCACAACAAAACAAGUCUAAUAUUCUCGAAAAGCACUUACCACCACUCUAGCCAGUACUUUUCCUAGAAGCUAUAAGCCAAAAUCCUUACCUAUAUUUUCAGUACGUACGUUGGUCUUUUUUUGCAUUAAAUCUACAAAAAUGGCGGCUCCCAUGCUCAACGUUGACACAAACUUGCUCGACGUCAACAAGCUCUCCUACGAAAUCUUCUCCGUUCUCGAGAACAACUUCCUCUUCGGAAACCCACCAAACUUAAAAGCCUUCGACCCCAACUCCGCCGAUCUCUCCACUCCUCUCCACCACAUGCAUUCUAGCAAACAGUUCACCGGAAAGGUCAGAAUUCUCACCAUCGACGCAGCCGGAGCCACCGAUGGCAUCCUCGCCGCCAAUGCUCUCUCCCACCUCGAGUCCUCUCUCCGCCGGAAAUCCGGCGACCCCAACGCCGCCAUCUCCGACUUCUUCGACGUCGUUUCCGGGUCAGAUGCCGGCGGCAUUCUCGCCGCCCUCCUCUUCACUCGAGGUUUAAAGGAAGGGUCGACCCGACCCAUGUUCACCGCCAAAGAAGCCCUCGACUUCCUUAUCGAGAACCGCCGCAAGAUCUUCAAACCAUCGCCGGAUGGAGUUCUCCGGCGGGUUUUCCGGCCGGCGAAGGCUGAGAAGGAGAGGGAGAAACUCUUUCGGAAGACGUUCGGGGAGCAGCUGACUCUCAGGGACACGCUUAAGUCGGUGCUGAUCCCUUGCUACGACAUGUCGUCCAGCGCGCCGUUUUUGUUUUCGCGGGCGGAUGCGGUGGAGAUGGACGGCUACGAUUUUAAGAUGAUGGACGUGUGCGCUGCCACGUCGGCUCAACCGGCCGUUGAGGUGACGUCGGUGGACGGGAGAACAAAGCUCAUGGCCGUUGAUGGUGGUAUCGCUAUGAACAAUCCGACGGCUGCGGCUAUUACGCACGUGCUAAAUAAUAAGCAGGAGUUUCCGUUCUGUAACGACGUUGAGGAUCUCUUGGUCGUGUCUCUCGGAAAUGGAGAGUCCGAGUUUGGAAAUUUGUCGCCUUCUGGUUGCCUCAGAAUCGCCGGUGAAGGAGCUUCGGACUUGGUUGAUCAAGCCGUUUCAAUGGCUUUUGGACAAUCCCGAGCAACCAAUUAUGUUCGCGUGCAAGCCAACGGCAUCAUAUCUAAAAUGCAUGGAGGCCCCCAAAACUCCAACGGCAAAAAUAAGAACAAGAUAGACAUGUUGGCCUUGACAGAGGAAAUGUUGUCGCAGAAAAAUGUGGAGUCCAUACUAUUCCAAGGUAAAAAAAUGGUGAAAAGCACAAAUGUGGAGAAGCUAGAAAUGUUUUCCGGGGAGCUGAUUAAGGAGCAAGAGAGGAGAAAAACUUGUAUUCUUCCAACCGUGGCGUUGAAGCAGACUUCUUCGUCAUCACCCAGCAGAACAUCGUCUGCCACAACUUUAUCUAUGUCGUCAUCAUGUUAAUUAGGGCUUGAGUUAUGUACGUAAUAUAUGUUAAGCAUUCGCAGCCGCUCACGAUGUAUGAGAUUAAGUGUCUGAGUCUGAGCUGAGCUGCUAAUGAGUUGAUCAUUUUGAUUUUUUUUUUUUUUGUAUGUUUAUUUGCUAGUUAAUUAGUGUAAUUAAGUUUUAUGAUAGAAGGAUGUUUGCAGUGUGUAUAUAGUAUGGAGGUGAGAAGAACGGAUUUUUUAUAGUUUGUAUGUUUGAUUCUGCAGGAGUCAAUUUAUAUAAUACACAUUUAAUUAAUUA